CAAAUUAAGUGACAACAACAACCGGGAGAAGUUGUCUUGGAGGAAACGUGUUCUUGUGCGGGGAUCCCAUCCAAAUAUAACCGAGAUAUGAGUGUUUUUGUCUAAAAGAGGCGAAGAAGUCGAGGGAAAAGGGAGAAGGAGGUCCAUGAGGAGGAGGAGGAGCUCUUCUUACAUCCACGGAUAUGUGGGGGAGGUCAAUAGGGGGAAGUUUCAAGCCGCCAUGACAUCACUACGUGUCAUCUCGGUGGAGUCGAACUCGGGACGUCGAGGAGGUUAAGAAGAAAAGUGGACAACUUUUCGCCAACAUGUCGUUAAUUCUUUGCACAAAGUGAACUUUGUCGUCCUUUUUUUUGUAUUAUUAUUUGCACCAUUGCGACUUUCUACUCCGGCCCUCCUCCACCACCCGCUCUCCCGCGGUCCUUCCCAAGAUGUCCUCCCGAGUUUGGAGCUCCUUUGUUGGGAUGUGUUGCGUGCUGGCGUGCAGCAGCGCCGUCUUGUCUCCCAACGGGAGCUUGCUGGAGGACCAAUGCAAGAAGACGACGACGUGCGAGGCUCUGAAGUACAACACCUGCCUGGGCUCACCGCUACCUUACACGCACACUUCUCUCCUGCUGGCGGAGGACUCCGGCACGCAGGAGGACGCCUUCGAGAAGCUGACCAUGUGGUCCGGUCUGCGUAACGCUCCUCGCUGCUGGUCCGUCAUCCAGCCUCUUCUUUGCGCCGUCUACAUGCCAAAAUGUGAGAACGGCCGUGUUGAGCUUCCCAGUCAGAGUUUGUGUUUGUCCACACGGCGUCCUUGCAGCAUCGUGGACCAGGAGCGCGGUUGGCCCAACUUCCUCAAAUGCGAAAAAUUCCCAGCGGGCUGCCAGAACGAGGUGCAGAAGCUAAAGUUCAACAUGUCGGGUCAGUGCGAGGCCCCGCUGGUGAAGACGGACAUUCAGUCCAGCUGGUACAAGGACGUAGAAGGCUGCGGCAUCCAGUGUGACAACCCUUUGUUCACUGAGGAGGAACACGACGACAUGCACGCCUACAUUGCCUACUUUGGCACCAUCACGCUGCUCUGCACCUUCUUCACGCUGGCUACAUUCUUGGCCGACUGGAAGAACUCCAACCGCUACCCGGCCGUCAUCCUCUUCUACAUCAACGCCUGCUUCUUUGUUGGCAGCAUUGGCUGGCUGGCGCAGUUCCUGGACGGGGCUCGCGACGAGAUCGUGUGCAAGAGCGACAACACCAUGAGACUCGGCGAGCCCUCUUCGUCGGAGACGCUCUCGUGCGUGACCAUCUUCAUCAUCGUGUACUACUCGCUCAUGUCGGGCGUGAUCUGGUUUGUGAUGCUGACCUACGCCUGGCACACCUCCUUCAAAGCGCUCGGCACCACGCAGCAGCCUCUCACUGGACGCACUUCCUACUUCCACAUGGUCACAUGGUCCAUCCCCUUCGUCCUCACCGUGGCCAUUUUGGCCAUUGCAGAAGUGGACGGCGAUUCUGUGAGCGGGAUUUGCUUUGUGGGCUACAAAAACUACAGAUACCGCGCUGGUUUUGUGCUAGCACCCAUCGGGGUGGUGCUGGUCGUCGGAGGCUACUUUCUCAUCCGAGGGGUCAUGACACUCUUCUCUAUCAAAAGCAACCAUCCAGGACUACUUAGCGAGAAGGCAGCCAGCAAAAUCAACGAGACAAUGCUAAGACUAGGAAUAUUUGGAUUCCUGGCAUUCGGAUUUGUUUUCAUCACCUUUGGCUGCCACUUCUACGACUUCUUCAACCAGGCGGAAUGGGAAAGAAGCUUCCGGGAAUAUGUUCUGUGCGAAGCCAACGUCACCAUCGCCUCCCAGACCAACAAGCCGAUCCCAGAGUGCACCAUCAAGAACCGUCCCAGUUUGAUGGUGGAGAAGAUCAACCUGUUCUCCAUGUUUGGCACUGGCAUCGCCAUGAGCACGUGGGUGUGGACCAAAGCUACCAUCCUCAUUUGGAAGCGCACCUGGUGCAAGAUCAUCGGGCGCGGUGACAACGAGCCCAAGAGGAUCAAGAAGAGCAAGAUGAUCGCCAAGGCCUUUGCCCUGAGGAAGGAGCUCCACAAGGAUCCGGAGAAGGAGCUGUCCUUCAGCAUGCACACCUUGUCACAUGAUGGCCCUGUUGCCGGCAUUAACUUUGAUCUGAACGAGCCGUCCAACGACGUGUCCUCGGCCUGGGCGCAGCAUGUGACCAAGAUGGUGGCCCGACGAGGUGCCAUCCUGCCUCAGGACAUCUCCGUUACUCCCACAGGAACGCCGGUCCCGCCCCCCGAGGAGAGGAACAGGCUGUGGAUGGUGGAGGCUGAAAUUUCCCCAGAGAUGAUAAAGCGGAAGAAGAAGAAGAAGAGGAAGAAGAAGGAGGUUCGUGCAGCAGCGGAGGAGGCGGCGAUGGAGGCGGAGCACCACCAGGCCGCCUUCCCGCAGCGCGAGUUUGGCCGCAGCUCCGUGCCCCGCCUCCCCAAGCUGCCCUGCCACCCCAGCAUGGUGGCCAACCUGCGGGAGCAGCAAAGGCGUCAGCAGAUGCUGGAGGACGACAUCUUGCCCGGGUGCUACCCCGAGGACAGGUGCGUCUUACCCACCUAUCACAGCAGAGGCUACGGACGCGGCUCGCUUUCAAACCCGCCGGAUGACCCAAGCCUUGAACCGCGCUGCCCUGCCCAGCAGGAGGGGCUGUCAGAGAGGAUGGCACACCUGGCGAGGGUGCCCGUGGGCCGGAGGGUCGGCUAUGGCCCGCUCCACUCGCGGACUAACCUCAUGGAGGCGGAGCUCAUGGACGCUGAAUCGGACUUCUAAGUAGUCCACUGACUGUAAGCUAAAGAAAAAGUGCUGGAAACUUUAAGUGUUUUUUAAAUUAGUCUUUUUUUAAGGAAACGAUUCCAUUGGCAACUCAGAGGAGGCAGCUAAAAAAAAAAAGCUUGAAAUAUGAAACUGUAGGAGAAUAAUAAUAUGGCAGGUUACCAUUAAAGUACACUUUUACACAACUUUAUUUACACAAUUAUGCUCUUUCUUUCCAUUUUUGCCACUUUUAAAAUGAAAUGUUAAGAUUAACUUUUCUUUUGCAAGCAAACAUUUUUUUUUUUUAAAUAUUGCUACUUCCUGUCCAAGCCUAUAUUGAACAAUGUAAAUAAGCUGUUAAUAGACAUGACAACAAGGGUAUUAUUUGUACAGAUUUAUAUAUGAAACCAUGACUAGUGAGAUGUUUUUUAUAAAAAGGGAAGAGUAAAUGCAAUGUUUUUACUGUACGCUGUAACCAAAAUGUCAUUUUCAUUCACGUUACUGUGAGCAAUAAUCCGGAAAUAAGACCGACAUUGCUCACUCUUUUGUAGUUGUUACAGAUAUAUUUAUACGAUAAUAGCUGUGCUGUCUCAAAUGGAUGUAAAAGACAAAAUAAAAUGAAGAAUACUUUUCUAACGA